UAUAGAUAACACAAAUAUUUCUUGUUACCGGACACAACACCUGCGUCUGUUUAUUCGUAUUGGAAAGUAGCCUGUUUCCACUCAUUAGAAAAUGAAAUCUCUUGCUAUUUUGUAUGCGUUAUUGACACUGAUCACACUAGCUUCAGGGUUAGUGAAGAAUAUUCCAGAAACGGCAUUCACAUCGUACUCGGUAGAUAAACUGACAUGCGUUGAUAAACCAUGUCAGAAUGGUGCUAAAUGUCUUAGAGCAUACCGACCACCAGAACAUUUACAGACGUACUAUUGCUUUUGUCCGCCAGGGUUCUGUGGAAAAACUUGUGAAAACGAACAGUUUAUUCGAUACCAUGGCUACCAGUUGAAAUGCCUGGAAGAUUUUCCAGCCUUGAUGUCAAUAUCAGGAUCUAUAGAAGAAAUUUAUGAAUAUUGCCCUCAAAUAUGCUGGCAAACACCUGAAUGUGAAAGUAUUAACUACAUCACAGGACCAACAGGUAUAGGUAUCUGUCGACUUUUCCAAAAAGCUCCUGAUAUGUGUGAAUUUCAGAAGAUUAAUAUAACGCCAUCCAAUAGGGUUUCUUAUGUUGCUGAUCUGAAGAACUUCCAAUGUUAAGAAAGCAAAGCUCUUUUAAAAUAAAACCAAUUUCUUUAUUUCGUGAUAAAUAGCAUUUGCUAAUUUGA